AUGUCCAGCAUCCUCCGCGUGUCUCUGCUCCUUGUCCCCCUGCUCUCGCUGCUCCUGUACAACCAAACCCCACAGCUCGCCACGCUCGUCGGGCGCGUGGAGAUCGACAAGACCCGCCUUGUGCGCUGGGCGAACAGCUCGGCGCUCAACAACCACGACUGCCAGGUCGUCCGGGCGGCCAACGCGUGCGAGGACGUCAAGAUCCAUUUCCCCUCGCACACGGCCUUCUUGUCCUGCGGUGACCCCGUCGAGAGGACCCAUUGGUACCCCUGCGCCGGCGUGCGCACGGUGUCGCGUCGCGCCGAGUCCUCCUUCCGCGAGCAGCUGUUCAAGCAUGAUCUGGACACCGGCGUGACCACCGAGUUGCGGAUCGAAGGCCUCGAAGGCGAUUUCAUCACCCAUGGCAUCGACAUCUUUCCGCUCCCGGAAGAUCCUUCUCGGAUCCAUAUCUUCGCAGUCAACCAUGCUCGCAGUGGUGACUCGAUUGCCGUCUUCGCGCACACGCUCGGGUCGGACGUAGUCGAGCUGGUGAAGAACAUCAAGCAUCCGAACAUCAAGACGGCCAAUGGAGUCGCCGCGACGGGACCUUUGGCUUUCUUCGUCACCAACGACCACUACUUCGCCGGGGGUCCGCUGCGGACUGUGGAGGAGAUGCUCGGUCCAUUCAGCUGGGCGACCAAUGUCCAAUACUGCAACGCAGCAGCAGAAGCAGAAGCAGAAGCAGACGACUCCACCACCAUCCGCUGCAGACAGGUGUCGGGCACCUUCCCCGGCGCCAACGGUAUCAACGUGUGGGAAGAUCGUCUGUAUGUCGGCGACUCGAAGAAUGGAACCGUCACGGUGUUCGAGAUUCAGGGGGACAAGAGCUUGACGUAUCUACAGACGGUGGACCUCGGAGCUGCCGCGGACAACAUCAACAUCGUCCCCAGCACAGGUGACCUCAUCGUCGCAGUCUUCCCCACUCUGGAAGACCUGCCGGCGUACCUCGAAAACGUCCGCGCUCUGGGCAAAGACUUCCUGGUGCCGGCGGCGGCGCUGCGUCUCCGGCGCGCGACCAACUAUACCCCCGAGCUGAUCUACUUCGACGACGGGUCAAAUCUGAGUUUCAUGACGGCCGCACACGUGUUCAACGAUCUGUUUACGGAGGAGCAGAAGAAGGAGAAGAAGGAGAAGAAGGAGAAGAAGGAGAAGAAGGAGAAGAAGGAGAAGAAGGAGAAGAAGGAGAAGAAGGAGAAGAAGAAGCUUCGUUUGCACUAA